AAUCCAAAAUGAGAUCAUCUAUUUUGAUUUUGGUUGUCUUAGCUCUAACAGUGAAUAGUGCUUUCGUUUAUAAUGAAGCCUUAGCAAAAGAGGAAGCUGCACUUUCAUUUGCUGCUUAUUGUCCAGAUACUGCCAUUAACACAUGGACAGUAGGAUAUGUAACCACAAACUAUCCAAAUAUCGAAAAGCCUUUAGUAUUUGAGAAUAACAUAGCUGUAAGAUCAUUAAUAAUACAUAAUAUUAGGGUACCAAAGGAUAUAUUGCCUACAAUCCUUCAUAUAAUGCCAUUACAGUUGUAUUUAGAGGUUCUAGUAAUAUUUAAAAUUGGUUGGACAACAUCCAAUUUGAUAAAGUUAAUUACAACACAGCAUGUAAUUGUUAAGUUCACAGUGGAUUUUUGGAUGCUUUUAAUUCAGUUAAAUCUUAAGUAGAUAGUUUGUUAACCAAAUACAGAGGAAUGUAUCCAAAAGCCAUCAUUCAUGUAACAGGUCAUUCUUUGGGUGCUGCUAUGGCUACCUUAUAUACAACUGAAUUAGCUAUUGCUGGAUAUGCAGUUCAAUUGACUACUUUUGGUUUACCAAGAGUUGGUGAUACAGCUUAUUAUAACUAUUUUUCAUCAUUCACAAAGGUCACUCAUUUUAGAGUUGUUCAUGAUAAGGAUGUAGUUCCACAUGUAAAAAUUAUUUAAAUAUGUUUAAUAGGUUCCACCUGAGAACUUUGGAUUCAAUCAUGUUGAUAGAGAAAUCUGGUAUCACAAGACUUCAUAUACCAUUUGUUAAUUGGAUGAAGAUCCUAAUUGUUCAGAUUCAGUCCUUGUUCCAUCAAUUCAAGAUCAUUUGAGUUAUAUGGGAUGGAGUUCAACAGUAGAUUGUUGAUAUUUAAAAUACAAAUUAACAAAUAUUCAAUAAAAAACAUGUUUAUUCCAUUGAAAAAACA